AUGCCUCCGCAACUACAACAAUCAUCAUCACCAAACAUGUUUCCUCUGCUUCAAGCCAAUGCUGAUCCCGUGAGCUUGCAAUAUCCUUUCCCGUUGCUUUGUGUUAAGAGAAAUACGAGUACAACAACGAAGGGAAAUCAAACUUUUUUUAAAAUAGAGGUGAAGGAUCCGAUGCAGCCAAAUGGUCCAUCACUCUCCAUGAUCAUAAUGGAGAAACCGGAAAAUGCUGCCGCUCGUGAAUCAUUGGUUGAAGGAUCCAUUAUUAAUGUGUCCAAGAUUGUAAGAAGCAGUUCAAAGUUGUAUAUUUUAACUAAUUUUACCGUAGAGAAUUCACGUUCAACAUCAUCCACAAGUAGUAAUCAUAGUAGUACAUCCACGACAGCAACCACACAACGACACAUUUCUAACCCAUCAGCAACUACUACUCCUGCUACUAGUAAUAAUAAUUCUAGACCUGGUGGAGCCUUUGGGAACAACCCUUCUGCAAAUUCUGCCACACCAUCAAGCUUUCAACGACCUGUAAAUCAACAAGCGUCUAAUGCUCAGCCACAAAAUAAUUCUAGACCUCCGUUGAAUUCUUCCAGACCAAGCGGCCAGCAACAAGUUGCAGGAAUGAAUAAUGUUCAACAACGACCCUCCUCACUAAUUCCUCAACAACAAAAAGCAAUUCCUCCUAGUAAUAGCCAAACUAUUGAUCUCAAAACAAAACCCAUCGUACCUUUAGUAGCCUUAACGCCUUGGCUAUCAGAUUGGGUAAUCAAAGCUAGAGUUACUAGAAAACAAGAUAUGAAGUGUUGGGAAAAGGAAGGAAGAAAAGGAAACAUUCUUUCUAUCACGUUGAUUGAUCAAGAUUCUACAGAAAUUAGAGCUACAUUUUUCAAUGAAGGAGCCAUAAAAGCCGAUUCAAAAUUGCGUGAGCAAGGUGUCUACUAUUUCAAAGGAGGAGGUCUUAAAGAAGCAGAUCGCAAGUAUAACUCAAGAAUUGCCCACAAGUAUGAGAUUUCAUUUAAAGAUAAUUGCAUUAUCCAAGAAGCCAUUGACAAUGAAGCUAUGUCUAUUCCUCAAGGUCGUUUCUCGUUAACGCCUCUAGAUCAAGUUAAAGAUAGCCCAAGCCAAGACAAAUUCGAUAUAAUAGGACUUGUCAAGACGAUUGGAGAUCCAACAGAGUUCAAGUCAAAGAACGAAAAUUCAAACACAACAUCGAAAAGAGACAUCACUAUCCUUAGCAAAGAUGCUUACGGACAAAUUAUUGAAGCAGUCAUUACUUUAUGGGGAGAUAACAUCAAAUUUGAAGAAAAAUCUAUUGUGAUUUUUACAGGGUAG